CUGAAGGUAAAAAAAACAAAAACAAACUCAACUCUAAAUAAUAUACACAUAGUUUCAAGCAAUAAUAUACACAUAGUUUCAAGCAAUAAUAUACACGUUUUUGCCAGCAUUUUUGCCAGCACUAACUUUUUUAAAAUUUGUUUUUUGGUCAACACUUUCCCCUGAUAUAAGCGUUUUACUACACAUACUUGUUGGAGAAGUCCAUCACAGAAUUCGGAGAAGUGCAAAUUUCAAAGGCUAUCUAUAGUUUCGUUUGUUUAUUGGUUCGGGAAUUUCGAAUUAAGUAGGUUCGCAUUCAAAUGCAGAUUGAAUACUUUUAUCCCUUAGCCCAUCUUAAAGUAACCAUUGACAAGUCCUGGAUCCAAAUGAAUUUUAAUCUUCAAGGCCUCUUGAAUCUUCCCAGGCAAAUAGAAUCAUAGAAUCAUAGAGUUGGAAGAGACCACAAGGGCCAUCGAGUCCAACCCCCUGCCAAGCAGGAAACACCAUCAGAGCACUCCUGACAUAUGGUUGUCAAGCCUCUGCUUAAAGACCUCCAAAGAAGGAGACUCCACCACACUCCUUGGCAGCAAAUUCCACUGUCGAACAGCUCUUACUUAAGAUGUUUCCCCAAUACCAUCACCACUAUUAUAAUCUCAGAUUAAUAGCUUUCAGCAGCUUCAUUUAUUUACUGGCACAGAAUAUCAAUGAGAAUCCAUAGUGUAGGGGAUAGAAGCCUGCUUUAGUGCUCCUGCUUCCACUGAGUUGUGCGGAAUACACUGUGGGAAGAUCUCGCAUUGAACUUUCUGUCACUCUUGCAAGGGAAGGCACAAAAGAAAAUGUCUUGCAUGUUAAUCAUUUUUGAAGCCUUGUAAUUGUUUUCUGAUGAAAGCUGGAGCUGGUGUGAUAGUUCUCCAAAGACAGUAAAUGACUUUUUCCUAUUGUCUUCUUCACAGGCGUGAAGCACAGAGAAAAGAGCACUGAAUUUCCCAUAAGAGCACUAAAGGUGAAAUUUAUACUUGCAGAGUCCUGUGUAUCACUUAAAUGACACUUAAAGCACAUAUUAAAGGAUAAAUCUUGCCUUCACCUCCUCCCAACAGCAGUCAGGAAUCUCGGGCUGUAGAGCUAAUGGGUUUCAGCUGCACCAGCACGAGGAGUCUGGGGAGACAUUGUUGGCAUUGACAAAACUCUGUGAAACUACACUAUAGGUGGACAUAAUAUCAGUGGCGGCUGGUGCCCACUGGAACUUACAGGGUAAAAAUCAGAGAGGCCAACAGUAAAUAAAGCCAGAGUCAACUAAUCCUAGUUUUGUCCCCAUCCACCUCCCUGUUGUUCAACAGGGAGGCAAAGCUGUAUCUAAGCAGGAGGAAGGCAAUAGACAAGCAGGAACACUCCAUGGACUGGUUGUAAGUAAGAAGGCAGGCAGGUGGGAACCAGCUGAGGACAGACCCCCAUAUGCCCUGACGGGCUAUCCUCUACUGCAUAUAUUACAGACCUUGGAAGGGAAUGGAAGAUUUGUUUGAAAAUGUAAUGUCCAAGUCUACAGGGCUCUGUAAUAUAUGCAGUGGAGGCUGGUCCAUUAGGGGGUCUGUUCCUGCUAGGUUUAAAGAUGUUACAGAGACUCAUUUCCUAGCUCUGUUGCCAUUGCACAGGUGGUGGUGGUGAAGAGGAGACCUCCAUUCCUUCUUUCCUUCUUCCUUCCUGUUUGCUUCCACCAGAGCAAGCAGAGCAAGUAAAUGAGUAGGAGAGAAGGAUAAGUGGAUCUGGAGGGUCAUUAGUGGGUAGGAGUUAAGGUGUAUGUGCAAGAUGGAUGGAAGAGGGGUCAGAGGCUAACAGGUCGAGAUGAUUCCUCUAUUAAGUGCUGAGCCAAACGUUCUACAAUGAGAACUGAAAAUAGGGAGUACUUUGGAAGGUGAAAGGUACUGGCGGAGGAAGAGGAGUGUGGGGGGAGCACACCGCCCCCGGCAGCGCGAUCCCCAGGGUGCCAUCGUGGCUGCCCCCCACCCUCGCUGGACGCCACACCCCCGCAGGUGAUGCCAAACCCCCAGGACGUGCGCCACGGCCCUGGGACACACACCAGUCCGCCCCUGCCUGCUCUCCACCCCCGGUGCCGGAACAUGAAGCUCCACCAUUGGUGAAAGGGAUGAGACUAAAGUGUGCUACCUUUUCCCUGUCUGUUCCAUUUUCACCACCUGUUCAAUGUAGCAGUGUUUUUGUUGUUGUUUAUGUUUAGGACCCAGAAUGCCCCAUGAAAAGCACUGUGGCAUCCAUGUUGCAUCAUUCCUGGGUGGAAUUAGCUGAAUUUAAAAGUGGGAAAAUGAGAAAUUGACAAAUUCACCCAUCGCUAAAUUUGGUGGUUCACAAAGGGCCAACAAGGCAAACCAAUACAGUGGCAUUGGAACAAGGUCUCCUAAAUGCAAAUAGGAACAUUCCUGUGGAGAGAGAGAAAUAGGAACAUGCCUGGGUAUACAGUGUGACAGAGCCGUAAUCCUGUUUUGAUACUCUCAGUACAUUCAGCAAUAUGGUUUUAUUCUGGUCCUAUUUUUAUAGCAUUUUCUAGAAUAAGCACCAUUAAUGCAGCUCUGGUUCAGAAGUAAUAUACAGGCAAUAUUCCCAGACUGUAGAAAGAAAAUGAAAUUUGGGCUCAUUAUUACUAUUAUUAGUUUAUUUUAUUAUUAUUCCCUACGAAGGAAGUGUAAUCAGAUGAGAUGGCACAUUCACCAUCCAAAGCAAAAGCAUUUUGAUCUACCCAGGCAAUGUAUUUGAUAGCAAUGGCAGGACAAAAAAGAAACAAUGACAUUGGGUAUGUGUGUGGAUGUGUUGCGGUACAGAAGAACUAAGAGGUUAACUGACUGAAGCUCAAAAGGCUGCUAUAAAUACAGAGAGCUAUACUGCCAGGUUCCGAAGGGAACCUUAUUUAAUGUCUGAUGGAAAGAGUGAAUUCUGUGAGUUGUCAGAGGAGAUGAAAUGGGAAAAAGUGAAAGUCAAGAUCCCUUUUAUGACAAGCAGGUGGAAAGGGCUGGGGAGUUGGACAUAUGAAUUUCUCAGGUGUCUAUUGAGGUUUUGUUGUCAUUUUUUGGUCCGAGCACAAAGUACAUUUCUUCCUUCACCACAGAGUGAUCACACAACCGGCUCCCACCCACCUGAGACUGAAAGAAGAGGGACAGAUUUCAGAAACGAAAAAGGAGGUUUCCUGACACUCCUGAGAUUUAGCAACUUGCACUUGUAUAAAUUUAAAACUGGCUUUGGCCCUUAUCUUGCCCCUCUCUCACAAACUUGA